AUGGAGUCACCACCUUCGUUCUCUACACACUCCGAGGUGCCUCCGCUCAGUGAAGACAGUGGUCUGCUGAUUACAAGUGGCUCAUUUUCUAGCGAUUCUGCGAGUGGAUGGCAUCACAUCGCAUCUGAAUUGCAAGAGAGCGAUUUCGAUGAGCGGUCGUUGUCGCUCUGCGAGUCGACGGAGACGUCUGAACGCAUGUGCGGUGAUUUUUUUAACACAGUGAAGAAAGGUCCAGGCAAAGUUAUAGUCACUGCUAUUGAACCUCCCCCGGAAUUUCAGGACAACCCAAAUCCAACAAGUGUAGAUUGUGUGCCUGCUUUUGUGGGUUCGCCUAAUAAAUGUUUGGCUGUGUGCGUGCCUCCAUCAGUUGUUUUUACCAAUGAUAAUAUAAAUAAAUCAAAAACAUCGAGCUUAGAAAUUACAAUGGCUGCGAGACAUGUGUCUCCUUUGUAUCCGAGGAAGUUAAAGCCAGAAUCUUUGUAUGAACGUCGGCAGUGUCUUAAUCAUAGAUUCGCGAGUCCGCGACUUUUACACCUCAGUCCAUGCCGUGCCACAAGGCCUUCUUCUAGAAAUUCUUUAUCUUCACGCCUUUCCAGUAGUCAUAAUUCUCUCGUAACCCAGUUUCAAACGGACGACUCCAGUUUCAUUACACAGGCUAUAUCGCAUGAUACGCUCUCCGCGAAAACAUCGGAUAUAACAGACAUGUACAAUGUCCCCUUUGACAGCGACAUUUAUGCUGUUCCCAUUGAUAUGGUUCGACCUACUCACAGCAACGUAAGAGGCAAAGGAAAAAAACCUAGAAAUAAUAGAAGACGCGCUAAGAGUAGUUCUCAGAGCACUGGUGUGGGUGUCGCUCCUGAUAGAGGAUAUAAAAUUAAAGAAACCAGACACAAAGACACGAAGACGAAGAGGCAUAGCCUGCCCAGUUCAUCUUGCAAGAAAAACGUCACAGAUUCAGACACAGAUUCACUCCACUUAACUUUACGCGAAAUGAGAAAAUAUCUUCAUACACUGUAUUCUAGUUCGAGUGACUCGGAGUGUAGGAAUACUAUUAAUAAAAAGGGUAAUACGAUUGUAACAAACGUCGGAAUCCACAUGCGUCAUAACAACAAAGAUUCGGGUACGGCUGUGUUCUUAAAAGAGAGCAACGACAUGUCCAGAACGGUAGAAACGAAUAAUAACCACAAAAAAGCGAAUAAGAACACUCUGAGCAUGAACACAAAAAAUAAAAAGCAUAAAGAGAAUAUUCCAAAAGAAUGCAGUGCUAUGGAGGAGAGUAAAGAUAGAGGCAAGAAAGCUAGUCAGGGUGCGAAAGUAAAGAUGUCUCCGGUCCGCAUACUGUCGAUGAAUUUGAAGCAGAGUUUCUGUAACCUGUUUCGGUGGCGAAGGUCUAGUGACAGUGACAGUGUGGAACGGGUCGGUCGAGAGUCCCCUCCGCCGGCAGUGCGUAGGGCUUUGCCCCCGCUACCGCAGUCUCCCCAUCCGUCGAACUCUCGCCGUUCUGCGAACGAAGAAGAUACAAUAAUGGACUUCGCUACAUCGAUCCAGAAAGUCAAAGAUUACGGCUGGUACUGGGGGCCUAUUUCGGUGGAAGCGGCGGAGAAGAUUCUGUCAAACGAACCAGACGGUUCCUUCAUAGUCCGUGACAGUAGCGAUGACCAUUAUAUCUUCACUCUCACAUUCAAGCUCAACGGCUUGAGGCACGUGAGGAUAGAGCACGAUCAGGGUAAUUUUUGCUUCGGUGGCUGCACAAUGUUCAAGGCGCAAACUAUUGUGGAGUUUAUCGAGAAUGCAGUGGAAACCUCACGAAGUGGGCGAUAUCUUUUCUUCUUGAAUCUUCGGCCGGUGCUGGGUCCAGUGAGAGUGCAACUGCUAUACCCAGUGUCGAGGUUCAAGAGGGUGCAAAGUCUACAGCAUAUGUGCAGAUUUGUUAUACUUAAAUAUGUGAGACGAGAUUUGAUCAGCAGUCUGCCGCUUCCCAGGCGACUUCUCGAUUACCUGAGCGCCACCCACUACUACUCAGAGCUUUUGGCGGAAAUA